AUGUUUGUAACAAAGAAGAACUUCGCUCAGCCCAGCAGUGAUGAAGGCGAGAGAUGGAGGUGGAGUCUGGAGCCAGAAGAACCAGAAGCUCCACAGACCGCAGAGGACCCAGAGGAGAGUCCACAGACCGCAGAGCGCUGGGACAAAGCUGAGUCUUCACAAGUUAAACAGGAAGAGCAGGAAGCAGAACCUGUUCUGAUUAAAGAGGAACAUGAAGCGGUAGACUCUUCUCCAUUCAAAGAGGAAGAGGAGGAAACCCAGAUUGUUCAAAUCAAAGAAGAACACAAUGAAGAUCGUUCACCCGUGAAAGAGGAACCGGAGGAGCUCACGGCUCCAGAAAUGAAGGGGGAGGAGCAGCAGUCUGGCGCCGGGGCUCCGACUCCCAACGGCUCAGGCGGUCAGAGCGAGGACGGACUAUCGCCAGGGUCCAGGUCUGAGGCAGGACUGGACCUGGACAGGAAACGCCACUGCCCAAACGUCAAGGAACCCGGUGAAGCCGGAAGUCCCCGUCAGGCAGCCACAGAUAGACAUCCGGUAACGUGUGACGUCUGCGGAAAGUCCUUCAGGCACGAGUACAAAAUGAAGAAGCACCGGCGGGUCCACACAGGCGAGAAGCCGUUUUCCUGCCAGACGUGCGGAAAAGGCUUCGGCGACAGCGGCACUCUGGCCAGCCACAGCCGGACCCACACGGGCGAGCGGCCGUACUGCUGCCGCACCUGUGGCCAGAGCUUCAGCGGCAGCGGCACGCUGACCAACCACAUGAAAAUCCACUCGGGCGAGAAGCCGUACUCCUGCCAGACCUGCGGGAAGAGCUUCGGCCGCAGCGGCACCUUGACCAACCACAUGAAGGUCCACACGGGCGAGAAGCCGUACUCCUGCCGGGCGUGCGGGAAGAUCUUCGGCGGCAGCGGCACUCUGACCAACCACAUGCGGAUCCACACCGGCGAGAGGCCCUUCUCCUGUGAGACCUGCGGGAAAAGCUUCAGCCGCAACGGCGUUCUGAUCAACCACAUGCGAGUGCACACGGGGGAGAAGCCGUUCUGCUGCCAGACCUGCGGGAAGAUCUUCAGCCAGAGCGGCAGGCUGACCAACCACAUGCGGACCCACAGCGGCGAGCGGCCGCACCGCUGCCCCACCUGCGGCAAGGGCUUCAGCCAGAGCGGCGACUUGACCAAGCACGUGCGGACCCACACCGGCGAGAGGCCGUACGCCUGCCAGGUAUGCGGCAAGGGCUUCAGUCAGAGCGGGAAUCUAACCGACCACCUCAGAGUCCACACGGGCGAGAGGCCGUACGCCUGCCAGGUCUGUGGGAAGAGCUUCAGUCACGGGAGCCAUCUGACCGUCCACCGGAGGACUCACCGCGGCGAGGAGCUGUAG